AUGUCCCCGUGCUGUGGAUCCCGCUCUGGCUGCCUGGACUGUGGCUCGGGCCGGUUUGGAGAUGGUAACGGCUCGCUUAAGCGUUCAGCAGGAGGGCUCUGCCGCGCGGGGGCCUCGUACUCCCCGGAGAGCAUCAGCAUCACGGAGAACGCGGAGGUGCAGGACGACGACAUCUUCAUCGUCACCUACCCCAAGUCAGGCACCAACUGGAUGAUCGAGAUCCUCAGCUUGAUCGUCAAGGACGGGGACCCCUCCUGGAUCCGCUCGGUGCCCAUCUGGAAGCGGGCGCCCUGGUGUGAGACCAUCAUGGGCGCCUUCAGCCUCUCGGACCAGUCCAGCCCGCGCCUCAUGAGCUCCCACCUCCCCAUCCAGCUCUUCACAAAGGCCUUCUUCAACUCCAAGGCCAAGGUCAUCUACAUGGGCCGGAACCCGCGGGACGUGGCCGUGUCGCUCUAUCACUACUCCAAGAUCGCCGGGCAGCUGAAGGACCCCGGCACCCCCGACCAGUUCCUGCAGAACUUCCUCAAAGGCGAAGGUGAGGACGGGGGGUCUGAAAUGAAGAGAAUACUGAUAAUAUUUACAACUCCGGUCCUGGGCGACAGCAGUGAGCAGACCCGGGUCCCUGAGGCCGCGAGCGGGAGCGGGACCGGGGACAGAGAUAAACUCGGGGGCCGAGGGGAGAAGAGCUGCUGCAAGGAGGACGCGCUGGGCUUCCAGCUGGAACAACCCACCAUGCACGCGCCCAGCUGUGCUAGGUUGAGAGCGAAGCUCCAUCCUCCGAACCCAAAACUGGGCCACGCAGCCCCUGGGUGGGAGGAGCUGCCAACGUGUGAGGCUUUCUGGGCCGAGCCUGUGGUUCGAGAGGAUAAAGGGGUGCAGGUGAAGCCAGGCAGCCAGGCAGAGGGAGGACUGCGGGCUCCGGGGCCCAGAUCUCGGCUCCUCCCUGGCUGCGGGACCCUGGACACGUGUCUUCCCCUCUCUGGGCCUCCGUGGACUGAGGCCGGAUACACUCCUCUCUGCCAGGCUGCGGGCAGGGUUGGCACAGAUGUACCGGAUCUCCCCGGCUCCGUGCAGCGUGUCUGCCAGUUCCUGGGCCGGCAGCUGGACGAGGAGGCGCUGGGCUCCGUCGUGGCUCACUCGGCCUUUGAUGCCAUGAAGGCCAACACCAUGUCCAACUUCUCGCUGCUGCCCCCCAGCCUGCUGGACCAGCGCCAUGGUGCCUUCCUCCGGAAAGGUACGGGGCCUCUGGGGGUCCCCGCUCCCCAGGCCACGGCCUGGCUGUGUGGCUCGGGCGCGUUCCCCAACCUCUCUGGGCUCCCGUUUCCCCACUGUCACCUGGGGGAUUGA